CAAUGUAUCUCACAACAACCUCUCAGGUCACAUCCCUGAAACAUUCUCAGACAUGAAUGAUCUAUACUCCAUUGAUUUCUCUUAUAAUAUGUUAACAGGGCCGAUUCCUUCUGGAGAAGUUUUCCAGGCAGCAUACAAGGCUUAUGUCGGUAAUGCUGCAGGUUUGUGUGGAGAUGCUAUCGGUUUGCUCUCGUGUGGGUCCAGUCCCUCAGCCGAAAGAUCUCAUAAGAACCACACGACACUACUUAUCGCUAUCACUAUCCCGGUGGUUGGAUGUUCCCUUAUGCUAGUCACCAUUGCACUAGCAUGCCGUAGACAACGGACCAGGACCAGCGAAGUGGCUGAAACUGAAAACCAUUCUUUUGUGUGGGAUACAGGCCUCAAGUUUAAACUCACAGAUGUCAUGGAAGCCAUAGAUAACUUCAAUGAAGCAUAUUGCAUAGGAAGAGGAAGUUUUGGUGUUGUGUACAAAGCUGAACUGCCCUCUGGCCAAGUAUUGGCUGUGAAACGACAUCAUUUUUCUGCCGAGAGUGACAUUCAGGAGAGAAAUGUAAGAAGUAUCUUGAAUGAGAUCCAAAUUUUGUUGGGGGUGAGGCACCGGAAUAUUGUGAAGCUACACGGAGCUUGCACAAAGAAGGGUGUCAUGUACAUGGUAUAUGACUAUGUGGAAAGAGGGAGCUUACGCGAUGCCCUGUACAGUGUGUUUGAGGCAUUGACAUUUGAUUGGGCAAUGAGAGUGAAAGUGAUUCAUGGACUGGCUCACGCUUUAGCUUACCUUCACAAUGACUGCUCACCGAACAUUUUUCAUCGAGAUAUAUCGAUAAACAAUGUCUUGUUAGAUAGUGAUUUCGAGCCGAAGGUCUCUGAUUUUGGAACUGCUAAGCUGCUGACACAUGAUGCAUCUACUUGGACUGCUAUUGUAGGCUCCUAUGGUUAUAUUGCUCCAGAGCUUGCAUACAUGACCAAGUUCACGGACAAGUGUGAUGUGUAUAGUUUCGGAGUGGUGACACUGGAGGUUAUGAUGGGAAUGCAUCCUGGAUAGCUGCUUUUGAAUUUACAAUCAAUGUCAUCAUCCUCUCAAGGAAAUGAUCUACUGCUGAAAGAUGUGUUAGACCACAGGCUGCCUCCUCCCACAGGCCAAUUAGCUGAAGAAGUUGUGUUCAUAGUGAAGAUUGCUCUAGCUUGCACUCAGACCAAGCCAGCGUCCAGGCCCGCAAUGCGUUCCAUAGCGCAAG